CGCAUGCUUCGUACGUCCGAUGACGUAAUUCUUUCCUUGCUUCGGCGCUCGGGGUUCGAAUGCUGUAAAAAUUUUAAACAGAGAAACUAAAUGUUUGCUAAAACUAACGGGACUGAAAUAAAUCAACGUCAGUGAGCAGUUCCAUCAACUGAAAAAAAUGUACGUUUUUCCACCGAAACUCCAAGAUUUGUCAACAUGGUCUUCCAAAAGCAGACCUUCGAACUCCAAAGAAGUAUGGGAAAUCAGCGCACCGCCAGACCACAGUCUGUAUUGGUCUUUAGUCCUCUCUUUUGUGAUAGCCUCGCCGGAAAAGUCAGACUGGAUGGAGCGCUUGCUGGGCACCGAGAAGGAGAUUCAAGAAUUGAUGCAGAAAAAGAAUAUCAAAGGUCAGAAGUUGGUUCCUCAAAACAUAAAAAAACAAGUGAUGAAUUUCAAUCCGUUUAAGAAUCAACAUUCUUUUUAUCAUAACAAAGACAUGACCAAUAUCUUUCGAAUGUUCAGUCUGAGAUUGAAGCGCGCUGCAAACCAGAUGAGCAAAAAGUAUACUGAAGGGGGCGAUGACUUAAAACUGAGGGCCGCCACCAAGAUGCUCAAGUGCUGCAUAGAAGUGUACGAAACAGAUUCGGAAGGAAACAAGUUACCUGUGAAAAUUAAUGCUCCUGUUGUUGGCAGGGAUACAUUAGUCUUGUUUAAACAUUCCGGAGUCCGUAAGCAGUAUAAAACUAUGUCACCAUCAGGACAAGAUCGUGACCACAAAGUGAUAGACACAUUUGCUUUUGGAAUGAGCCUUAACCACGUGAUACCGUUGAGACGGGAUGCUUUAGGACAUAUCUUGAAAAGAACAGAUAUAAAUCAUGAGAUAAUCCGGGAACUACAACAGGAUUUCACUGGCAAUGGAAAUUUUUUGGUCUCUCUGAUGAUCAAAAAUUCGAGAAUGGAAACCGUACCAUCAAUUUAUGCCUCUCCUUAUAUUGCUUGGAAGUUAGAGGCGGCAAGAUUUGUCACUGAUCCUUGUUCUUCGAAGGUGGAAGGUGGUGGUUCUGACGAAGGUGGAUUGUCUGCUUUCUAUCAUUGCCUGGGACGGGAUUCCACUCUUCUUCUUCGCGUUCUUUAUGACUAUGCUUCGAACAGUUUCGAGCAUUCUGAUAAUACGACGAGGAAUCCAGACACAGAAAUUCUGAGAGCUCUGAUAAGAAUUGGGGAUGCUUUACAAAACGACCAUUCGAAAUCGAAAGGUUUUUCUAUGUUAGCAGAUAAGAAAGGCAUUGCUGUUAAGAGUUAUGAAGAAAUUUUAUCCUUUAAUGAGUUUCAGCGUCGUGUUGUCGAAAAGAUCGCUGCAUUGCCGAGGAAUUGUUCACCGCAAGUUCCCCAAACUGAUGAUGAUGGUAGUAAUUUAAUGAGAAGAAAACAAAUUAUUACAUCACUUUUGGAGAUUUAUCCAAAGUAUUUUUAUUACCCUAAUGUAAAUCAGGUAGAAAGUACUGUCACAGAUGAAAACAAAUACAGGGUGUUUCAGAACUUCAUUCAGCGUAGUGAAUAUUAUGAAAAUUUGGAUAAUUAUAGUUGCCUUUUGUUCUUUGAUAAUUUUCUUUUCUUAGAUCUUCCGUCCGAUAUUAUGAAUUCUGCCGUUCAAAAUUUGUUUCUAACUGUAUUUGGUUACAAACUGUUUCGAAAAUGCGUGCAUGGCGUUCACUGCACCAAACACGAUAUAACUCCCGAGGACUCCACACUUCGCGUGAUUCCUUUUAUCUUUAGAUCUAAAUUUUUAGAGAGUGCCAAAGCUGUGGAGGAAAAACUAAAAUUUUCCUCGUCUGGCAGUGCUGGAAAAUCCCCGAAAUAUCAAUCAAGAAAGGAAAAAAAUCCUAACUCUGUUUUGAUGCAAGUCACCUCUGGUCUGAAAAAUCUUCCAGAAAUAAAAGACGAAUUCUUGAUUGCUAGACUUCGGAACUAUCUUGAUAUUGCAACCAAUAUCACGAUUACUGACGUAGACAUGAAAGGAGUUUUGGCCAUAGAGCGUGCUCUACAAGUUAUUGGGGAGACAUUGAAUACAUCAGAAAGUUCUAGUGUUAUUGGCCAUCUGCUUUGUUCCUGUCUACCUCAAUGCGCCAUUGAAGAAUUUUUCAGAAUUCGUAAUCACUGUUUAUCAAAAUAUCGAUCUCGAGUGAUGGGUGGAAAAUUGAACUUGGAAAGAGAGAUCGUAAGAUUCAGAGAUAUACAGGAUUUGAUAAAAGAAGUUCAUUAUAUGUUUAAACCAGUUUAUGUUAGUCAGUUAUUGAGAAUUACCAAUUUUAUGGUCGAAACAGGCUUAUAUGAAUCAAAAGAUAUUGAUCCAACUAUUUCACAAAAUAUGGAAAGAGAACAUAAUGGUGUUAUUCGCUUGUUGACAGAAAAAUAUAUCCAAAAUAAAAGCAGAUACAAAUGUCUAGCAAAUAAUUUGCUUGAUUAUGUUCAAAGGGAAGCUGGAGAUAAAAAAUGUUUCAAAUUUCAAAAACUUGGGCAAAUUUCUACUUUGAAAUUCUUAUUUGCUUUUUUAGCUAGCCAAUGCGAUGAUGCAAACAAGGAUGAAAUUCUUCAUAUUCUGCAGGAUUUGGACAAAUUAAGUAAAAACUUUGAAAGUAAAGCUAAUUUAGCCAAGCAAAUGGAAAUUGAAAUUUCCAAUUCCGAAUAUGAAGAGAUUAUUAGAAUCGUGUCAAAUUUUCGUAACAUCAUUGAUAAUAUAUUUUCUGAUGUAAAAGAAUGUCCAAUGAGAAUAAUCGAUCAUUCUGUAGUGGCAAAUUUUUUUAGCGAUGCCCGAAGUUUCAGUUGGUUCACUGACGAAGAAAUGACAACAAUCAAAGAAAAGAUUUCUGAACAGUUGCAAUCAUCUCGAAAAGCUAAAGCAUCUUUAAAAGAAUAUUUGAAGAAAGAAAACCAAUUAUCUGAAGAAGAAGCGCAACAACUUUUGUUCAUCAUUUUCGCAGCUCAAAAAGACAAAAAAUGCAUAUCAGCGAAUCUUUCCAGUAAUCCUGAAGUUGCUUUGAAGGCCCUUGAUUCAAUCGAGAAAGACGAACAGGACAUAUUCAAGAAGAAUAACGAUCGAGAAGAUGACAUUGAUUGCUUGAUGAAAUUUACAGAAACUGAUGAAGGAAACCAUUUAUUGCUAAAAAUGGAUUUCUCAGAUAAUGAUGAUUUGCAGCGGAAAGUACUGGAAUUUCUAAAUCGGAAAGUUGAGUUUCUACUCGACAGAAUCAGUUACCUAAAGGCAAUACUCAUAGAAGAGGAUGAAGAGAUCCUUAGCCUAUGGAAUUGGGGUAAAAGCGAGGCGAUCAAGACUCAUACUAGAUAUCUCAUGCGCCAGCGGUAUAGGCGAGAAAAGGACGUCAGAGCGUCUCUGGAGAUGCUGCUUUUCGAUUGCAUGAACAUCCUUAAGACGAGAUCGUCCCUCAGCAGACUCUGGUCAAAAGCCAAUGACCUGUUCUCUGGGGUCAGCCUCCGCGACAUCCUGUCCCAUGGGAGCACAAUUCUCGAGAUCGUUGGUGGGUAUCUAGACCAAGAUGAUCUCCCUUCACAUUUCAUAGACAAAAUGUUGGAGCUUAUAGAGGAUGGCGAUGCCCUGAGGACCCUUUCAGAUCUGUGGGGGAAGAAGAGGAUCAUGGAUCUAAAACAAUUUCAAAGAAUGCUGGAUGAAGAUGAUCCUUCCCUCCGGGAAGUUCAGAAAUGGAGGAAGAAAAGAUCUGAGAGCAUAGGAGGCUGGAGGGACUACCUGCCUCUUUUACCUCUGAAGUGAUCGUUUCAAUAGACUUCAGUGGAAAUUUAAGUCUUUCAAAAUAAGAAGACGUCAGAUACAAGAAGAAAGAAUGGGCUUCUAAUAUUUAUGAUGCUUUUCAAUUCAUCCACUACGAUAAUUAUUUACAUUUCUAGAAUAGAUUUUUGUUUUUUUUAAUUCAAUCUGUGAUAAGAGCUAUAUGUGAUAAAAUAUUAUUCAGAAAUGAUUAUAAUUAGUAUUUCAUAUUUUUAUGGAAACUUUUGUUAGAUUUGACGUAAUUAAUACAUCAAAAAUUAAAGCAUUAACUGUGAUCUUUAAAAUGUUUUUUUUUUUUUAAUUUGCCUUGUUACAAAUUUAUAAAAAAUGAAAUUUUGGAAUCAAUUUUUUAUUCA